AUGUCGCUUCCUGAACGACCAGGAGCUGCGACCCCGUUGUAUGGGCACAGGAGUUCCUACCGACAGUCGCCAUCGCGCCGAAACCGCCCAGCAGAUGUGGAAACCGGGGGGUAUCGCCCUGUAUCUGGACGGGGCUCGACUCAACACCGCCGUGCACCUUCUACGAACUCGUUCGCCGAGACGAUUCUAAGCCCCGAUGGCACUACGGAGAGGUUACCACUCUCGCCGACUCACGACGAUGUCGACCCUGCUGGCGUUCCGACGCGCAAGAGAAGCCUGAUCCGACCCGAGAGGAACAGGAUAGACAAAGAUCACCCGAACUAUCACUACAGAAAACAUGCUGCCAAGAUGGAAACUCUCCCCUCCAAGACCGGAAACGAUCCCAUCUACGAAGAUAUUGAGGGUAAAACCGACUUGUCUGCGGAGCGAAGCCUGGAUGCUACUUCAGACAGCUCGCCACCUCGAAGGCAUCACAGCGGCGACAAGGAGAAGGCGAAACCGCGCACGUCAACGAAACGGCGGCGGCAAUCAGGAGGACACAAGAUAUCGAAGGCCUCCAAAAGUUCGAAACGUCACGGGCCGAAAGAGACCAUCAGCCCUCCGGGUGUGUGGAAUAUCUACUGCGCUAUCGUAACCUUUUGGUGCCCGGACUUCAUUCUGAACUGCUGCGGAUUCCGGUCAAAGGCGCAGAAAAGAGCCUGGAGGGAGAAGAUGGGACUGAUCAGCAUCAUCCUCUACAUCAUGGCCUUUGUUGGAUUCCUGACAUUCGGGUUCCAGCGGGUUGUCUGCUUGUCGGCCAGUGUCCGCCUUCACGUCAACGAUGUCUCUAGCAACUACAUGAUUUUCCAUGGCGCCGCGUAUGAUCUGAGCCAUUCUGGCCACCCUCCAGCAGAUGGCAUCCCGCUCAAACAAGAUGGAUCAUACCCCAGCGUUGUGUAUGAUUUGCCCAUCCACUACGGCGGCCAAGAUGGUAGCUUCCUGUUCCAAAACGUCAAUGGCAAAUGCAAAGAUCUCAUCACUAAAGCUUCAGACUCGGACGUUCCAUCUGGAGACGAUGGUGACCUUGCCUGGUAUUUCCCGUGUGACACAUUCAAUCAGGACGGUUCGUCGGCACCGAACUUCACCCGGCCAUACUACACGGGGUAUGCUUGCCAUACCACUCAGAAGGCCCGAGACACCUUCUACCUUGAGAUACAUAGCACCGGGGAUGUCUUCUACACCUGGGACGACGUCAAGAACAACUCGCGCAACCUGAUCGUCUACUCCGGUACCGUGCUCGAUCUUGAUCUGCUCAACUGGUUCAACGAGAAAGAGGUCAACAUCCCCGAUCGGUUCAAAGAAUUGAGGGACAGAAGCACUUCUGCCAAUGCAGCCGUUCAUGGUCGCGAUGUCACCCGAGCGUUCUCAAACGCUGAAGACAAGCAUUUGGCUGAGUGCUUUGAAGAGAUCAUCAAAGUUGGCACUGUGGAUACCGAGACUGUUGGAUGCAUCGCGUCCAAAGUUGUUCUCUACGUGUCUUUGGUUCUGAUAUUGUCUGUCGUAGUAGCAAGGUUCGGACUGGCUUUAGUGUUCCAGUGGUUCCUCAGUCGCAAGUAUGCUGCAAUCAAAACCUCUCAGACGGCAGACAAGAAGAAGCGGAACCGUCAGAUCGAGGACUGGAGCGAAGAUAUAUACCGUGCUCCGCCACGAAUCCCUGGAGACAUCAGCAGCAGUGUUGGUACGUCUGAUAGAACCAGCAAGCGUACCAGCACCUUCCUGCCAACCACCUCUCGCUUUUCGGCGGUAUAUGGUCCUGAGAAGACAUUGCGCCGACCGAAAGCCACGACGAUGGCGAGCCAGGCGUCAAUGGGGCCUCUGCUUCAUCCUGGCUCGAUGUACAGGCAGGGCAACGACAGUCGAGCUAGUAUGUUACGUUCCGAUACAUACGGAACGUCUGCAAGCCCUAUGGACGGUUAUGGUCCUGCUGGCUUCAUCCACGAAGCUGUUGUACCUCAACCGCCCUCGGAUUAUCAGCCAUUCGGGUUUCCUCUGAUCCACUCCAUCUGCCUGGUCACGGCCUAUUCUGAAGGAGAGCUCGGGCUUCGAACUACUCUGGACUCCAUUGCUAUGACAGAUUACCCCAACAGCCACAAGGUGCUUCUCGUUAUUUGCGAUGGAAUCAUCAAGGGCCAUGGCGAGACUAUGUCGACACCCGACAUCUGUCUUGGCAUGAUGAAAGACCACACCGUGGCCCCUGAGGAGGUUGAAGGGUUCUCGUAUGUAGCAGUCUCGAGUGGCUCGAAACGGCACAACAUGGCCAAAGUCUACGCAGGAUUCUACGACUAUGGUGCUAAGUCCGCCAUUCCGCUGGAAAAGCAGCAGCGUGUGCCCAUGAUGCUUGUUGUCAAGAGUGGCACCCCCGAUGAAGCCACCAAAGCCAAGCCCGGCAACCGAGGCAAGCGUGACAGUCAGAUCAUCCUGAUGUCGUUCUUGCAGAAGGUUAUGUUCGACGAGCGUAUGACUGAGCUCGAGUUCGAGAUGUUCAACGGUCUGUGGAAAGUCACUGGCAUAUCACCCGACUACUACGAAGCCGUCCUCAUGGUCGACGCCGAUACCAAUGUUUUCCCUGACAGUCUAACUCAUAUGCUCUGUGCUAUGGUUCGCGACCCCGAGAUCAUGGGCUUGUGUGGCGAGACCAAAAUCGCCAACAAGAGACAGAGCUGGGUGACGGCCAUUCAAGUAUUCGAGUACUUCAUCUCUCACCAUCUGUCCAAGUCAUUUGAGUCGGUCUUCGGUGGUGUCACAUGUCUCCCGGGCUGCUUCUGCAUGUACCGCAUCAAGGCGCCAAAGGGUGCUCAGAAUUACUGGGUGCCCAUCUUGGCCAACCCUGAUGUUGUCGAGCAUUAUUCCGAGAACGUGGUUGACACCCUCCACAAGAAGAAUCUCUUGCUCCUUGGCGAGGAUCGGUACUUGACAACUCUUAUGCUCAGGACCUUCCCAAAACGCAAGCAGGUGUUCGUCCCGCAGGCGGUGUGCAAGACGACUGUUCCGGAUGAAUUCAGCGUUCUACUCUCGCAACGGCGACGGUGGAUCAACUCUACCGUCCACAACCUGAUGGAGCUGGUCCUUGUCAAGGAUCUAUGCGGUACCUUCUGCUUCAGCAUGCAAUUCGUCAUCCUCAUUGAGUUGAUCGGUACCAUAGUGCUGCCUGCUGCCAUCGCAUUCACCUUCUACGUCGUCAUCUCAUCGGCGAUCUCUCCACAUCCCCAGAUUAUUCCUCUGGUGCUUCUGGCUCUGAUCCUCGGUCUCCCGGGUGUGCUGAUUAUUGUGACGGCGCACUCGUGGUCUUACGUGGUGUGGAUGUUCAUCUACCUCGGCUCGCUGCCCAUCUGGAACUUCGUCCUCCCAACCUACGCCUUCUGGAAAUUCGACGACUUCUCGUGGGGAGACACUCGAAAGACAGCAGGGGAGAAGACAAAGAAGGCUGGUAUCGAAUAUGAAGGCGAAUUCGAUAGCAGCAAGAUUACUAUGAAACGAUGGGCUGAGUUUGAGCGGGAGAGACGGCUGCAGGACAACUUCUGGGGCUCAAGGGAGGACGUCGUAGGCGGCACCUGGUCUGCAGGGCCUGGUCACAUGUCUCGUCAUCCAUACGAUGAUCAGUACUAUUCUGAUGCAUGA